AUAUGAUGUUACUAAUUAUUUAAUGUGAUGAUGUAUGAGUUGAAGAAAGAUAGGCUGCAGCCGUGGACCCAAAGUUGACCUCUUCCAAUUUUCAUCUACUUUAACCAAUUUUCUUUCAUCCAAUUUAACAAACAAGAAGAAAAAUGUGGAGCGAUUUGGUUCUACAGGCUGCAAUAUUUGUGAUCUUGGCGUUGAUGUUCCUCUUCUCACAAAGCAUCCCCCAAAAGCUCUUGACGAAGCUGCGCCUCUUCCGCCGCCGUUCCCAACUCCAAGCGAAGCGCCACUUCGUCCUCGCGGCCCAGCUCCUUUCGGAGGCCACCUCCGCCGACGGCGCCCGCCGCGCCGAGGCCGAGGCCGAUCGAGCCAUCGCCCUCGACCCUACCGACGCCGCCUCCCACAUCCUCAAGGCGCUGGCCCUCGAGCGCCAGGGCUUCAGGACCUCCGCUCUCGCUUCGCUCGACGCCGCGCUCUCGCCGCUCGCCGUCGGGACCCUCAGCCACACCGAGAAGACGGACGCGCUGCUCAAGCGGGCCCAGCUGCAGGCCGCCGGAGGCUAAAGGUUCGCCCGAUUUGGAGGAAACCAACUCUACGUCUUACUGUAGGAUGCCAAUUUCCAAAUAGAGUAUCAAUUUAAUUACGAUUCACAACACUAUUUUCAAUUUUUAUGUUUUUUAUAAUAAUAAAUUUAGUUAAAUAAAUUGUUUUUAAUUUUAAUUUUGUUAAAUCGAGAGUUUGUUUUAUGUACUGAUAACACAUUAUUUUGACAGUUAAUGUGUAUUAUUAUACUGAUUUAUCAAAUUUCACAUCGAUUUUUGUGAUA